AUGCUAAAUGCUAAAAAAAUCGCAGUUCUGCUCCGCCACAGAAUAUACAAAAAUAAUCACCUGUACGUUCAUGCAAAUGUAAAUGCUAAUGUUAAAUUUAACAAUAUUUGCAAUUGGAAUAAAGUAAACAAGACAUAUAUUAACACGUUGAAGAAUUUCUUGGAUGUACUAGAAUUUGAGGAGGGGGGAGAAAAUGAAACUGAAUAUAAACGCAUUGAUGAAUUAAGCAAAUAUAUAGAGGUUGUUAAAAUUAAUAAUCAGCCAAUUAAUAAGAGCAAAUAUUAUGGCUUGGAUUUCGAAAAUGAAGGUAACUUUUUUAAUGAAAAAGGAGAUAUAAAAUUGUGUCCUGAACAAGUCAGGCAAAAUGGUAAUGAAAAAAAAAAAAAAAGUUUUAUUAAGGAAUACAUUCAUGUACCUCCUUUUGUAUUAACAAAAUUAUGUGAAUAUGCAUUUAAAGAAAUAUUAUUUUUUUUAAAUAAGAAACAUUUAAAGCAGUUGCAAAAUAUAUUAAAUGAUAACAAAUCAAGUAAAAAUGAUAAAUAUGUAGCGAUAACGUUAAUUAAAAAUGCUGUCAUAAGUUCUGAGCAAUAUCUACCAGGAUGUCAAGACACAGGUACAGCAAUUAUUUUGGCAAAAAAAGAUGAAGAAAUAGUGACAACAUAUGAACAUAAAUAUCUCACAUUAGGGGUCUACAAUGCCUAUAAAAAUAACCACUUUCGGUAUAGUCAGCUUUCCCCUGUGGACAUGUUCAACGAGGUCAAUACGAAGAACAAUCUGCCCUGUCAAAUAGAAAUAUACAGUAAUGUGAGGGAGGAAAGCAAAGAUAAGCAGCAAGAUAAGCAGCACGAUGAGCAGCAAGAUAAGCAGCAUGAUGAGCAGCGAGAGGGACAGCACAACGAGAUGGGCGAAAUUAAAAAGCCGCUCAAGGGUAAGGCCCAGAGCGGUGGACCAAAAUUUGAAUUAAUUUUUAUUGCGAAAGGAGGGGGAAGCGCAAACAAAACUUUCCUUUUUCAACAGACAAAAAGUAUAUUGCAUGAAGAAAAACUGUACGAUUUUUUGUUAGAUAAGAUAAAAGAAAUAGGUACAUCGGCUUGUCCUCCAUAUCAUUUAGCAAUAGUUAUUGGUGGUUUGUCAGCAGAAAUGAAUUUAAAAGUAGUCAAGUUAGCAACGUGUCGUUAUUUAGAUAAUUUGAAAAAAGAAGGAGGUGUAUAUGGGAAAGGAUUUAGAGAUAUAAAAAGUGAAAAGAUUAUUUUAGAUAAGGCUCAAGGUUUAGGUAUAGGGGCUCAGUUUGGUGGUAAGUAUUUUGUACAUGAUGUCAGAGUAAUUAGACUACCUAGGCAUUCUGCUUCAUGUCCUAUAGGUAUUGGUGUUUCAUGCUCAGCAGAUAGACAAAUUAAAUGUAUUAUAAAUAAAAAUGGAGUAUUUAUGGAAGCAUUAGAACAUGAACCUAUAAAAUUUUUACCGGAAAUAACUUUCAAAGAUUUAAAUAAAAAUGAAGGAAUAAAAAUAGAUUUAAAUCAAAACAUGAAUGAAAUAUUAUAUACCAUUUCUAAGUAUCCUGUGUCAACCUUAUUAUUGUUAACAGGUAAAUUAGUAGUAGCAAGAGAUACAGUUCACAAACUAAUAGUAGAUAGAUUUCUUAAUGAAAAUAUACCCAUACCAGAUUACUUUAAAAAUUAUCCUAUUUAUUAUGCUGGUCCUGCCAAAACACCUGACAGUUAUGCUAGUGGUUCAUUUGGACCAACAACAGCAGGUCGGAUGGAUGCUUAUGCUGAAGUUCUUAUGAAAAAUAAAGCAUCUCUAAUAUCAUUGGCAAAAGGUAAUAGAUCUGCUGUAGUUAGAAAUGCAUGUAAAAAAUAUAAUGGAUUUUAUUUAGGUAGUAUUGGAGGUCCAGGUGCAAUAAUAGCUAAAAAUAAUAUUAAAAAAGUAGAGAUCAUAGAUUUUCCACAUCUUGGUAUGGAGGCAGUGCACUUAAUAGAUGUCGUUGAUUUCCCUGCAUUUAUUGUUAUAGACAACAAGGGAAACGACUUUUAUAAUAAGUGGCUACCUUCAUAG